AUGCCGACACUCGGUUUUUUGAAGAAGAAACGGACGAAGGAGUCUCCGGCUAUAACCUCUCCAACAUCAAGUCAAGCCACAACCAGUCCGACGACCCCCACAUCAUCAAGAGGCUUCCAUAAUUCGAUAGCUUCUGUCUCGACCCAAUCGACUUUACCCCAAUCCCACGAGCACGAGGUUCUCCAAACUACAACCUCUCGCACAACAGACGACCAACCGACUGCCGUGGGCAAAAAAGCCUCAAUGACACACGGAAUAACUCCACAGCAGCAAUCUGCGCAAAUUCAUUCCGAUCAACAGCAGCACCGUCAAAACUCUCCCAGCAUUAGCAACUUGAUUCAUCCACCACAGCAUGACGGCGCGAGCCAGUCAUAUCCAACCCCACCAGCUUCUUCACAACCUUCACUACAUCCAGUAGCUGCUAACACCAGCACUCUUCAAAUGGACUCUUCACAGCGACAAUCGCAGCAAUCACAACAGCAGCCACAGAUUAGACAAACCAAGGGCAAAUAUUCUUUGACAGAUUUUGAUAUUCAGCGCACAUUGGGCACUGGAAGUUUUGGACGAGUUCAUCUAGUUCGAUCGAAGCACAAUCAGCGAUACUAUGCCGUCAAAGUGUUGAAGAAGGCGCAGGUGCACAAGAUGAAGCAGGUCGAACAUACCAAUGAUGAGAGAAAGAUGUUACAAGAAGUCAAGCAUCCAUUCCUGAUUACUCUAUGGGGUACUUUUCAAGACUCGAAGAAUUUAUACAUGGUGAUGGAUUUUGUAGAGGGGGGUGAACUAUUCUCUUUACUGCGAAAGUCUCAACGAUUCCCCAAUCCUGUAGCCAAAUUCUAUGCUGCUGAAGUUACGUUGGCUUUAGAAUACCUUCAUUCAAAACAUAUCAUUUAUCGAGAUUUGAAACCAGAGAAUUUGCUACUUGAUAGGCACGGACAUCUUAAGAUUACUGACUUUGGAUUUGCAAAGAAGGUCCCAGAUAUUACAUGGACGUUGUGUGGUACCCCAGAUUACUUAGCACCAGAAGUAGUCUCGAGUAAAGGUUAUAAUAAAUCCGUAGAUUGGUGGUCCCUUGGUAUAUUAAUUUUCGAAAUGCUCUGUGGUUUUACACCAUUUUGGGAUGGUGGCUCUCCCAUGAAAAUCUAUGAGAAUAUUCUCAAAGGGAGGGUUAAGUAUCCUCCCUAUAUUCACCCAGAUGCACAGGACUUGUUGCAAAGAUUGAUCACAGCAGAUCUCACCAAGCGUCUUGGUAACUUACAUGGUGGUUCUGAGGAUGUCAAGAAUCAUCAAUGGUUCGCUGAAGUAACUUGGGAAAGGUUAUCCAAGAAGGAUAUCGAUGCACCUUAUGUUCCUCCUGUUAAGGCCGGAGUUGGAGAUGCCAGCCAGUUUGAUAAGUACCCUGAAGAAACGGAGAUAUAUGGUCAAGGUGGGCCCGAUGAGUAA